AGAAAAAAAAAUUCUUCACAUAUAAACACCCACAGUUUUUUUAUUUUUAUACCACUUCUCUUUUCUCUCCUCUUCAUCAAACAUCUCUUAAUUCUUCAAUUCUUAUUCUUCAUCAGUCAAUUCUUCAUCCUUCUUCUCCAUCAAUCAAUUAAUGGCUGAAGAAACCAAGCCUGCCGCUGCUGCUGCACCAGUACCAGAAUCAGAAGUGGUUGUAGUUUCUGAAACUACUGCACCAGAACCAGUUAAGGUUGAAGAAACUUCUUCAACUAAAGAAGAAGUUGUUGUUGUUGCUGCUGAAACUGAAUCUGAGAAACCAAAAGAAGGCGAAGAAGUUAAAAUCGAUCAAUCAGUUUCUUUCAAAGAAGAAAGUAAUAUCGUUGCUGAUCUUGAAGACCCUGAGAAGAAAGCACUUGAUGAAUUCAAAGCUCUUAUUCAGGAAGCUCUUAACAAACAUGAAUUCACUAAGCCACCUCCACCACCAAAGGUAGAGGAGAAAAAAGCUGAGGUGGUUGAAGAGAAAAAAGCAGAGGAGAAAACAGAGGAGGUGACCGCUGAGGCUGAAACUUCUGCUCCUAAAGAACCAGAAACAACCACAGAAGCUGUGAAAGAAGAAGAGAAAACUGAAACAACAACAACAUCAGAAACAACACCAGAAGCUGUGAAAGAAGAAGAGAAACCAGAGCCGUCUGUUGUUGCUGAGGUUGCAGCUAAAGUUGUUGAAGAGGUAGCUGCUGUUGUUGAAGAAGUGUCUGAUAAAAAAGCAAUUGAGGAAUCAAUUGUUAAAUCGGAACCAGAGCCGGAAUCAUCCACAACUCCUGAUCCAGCAACUGUUGUUGUUGAAUCUGUUGUUGUUGAAACAAUCACAGAGGUACCAAUCACAGAAGAAGAACAAGUACCUCCUCCACCACCAGAAGAAGUAUCAAUCUAUGGAAUCCCACUUUUAGCUGAUGAAAGAAGCGAUGUGAUCCUUCUUAAAUUCCUAAGAGCUAGAGAUUUCAACGUUAAGCAAGCUCUAACUAUGCUUAAGAAUGUUGUUCAAUGGAGGAAAGAGACUAAAAUUGAGGAAUUGCUUGAGGAGGAUCUUGGUAAUGAAUUUGAGAAAGCUGUUUACAUGGAUGGAUGUGACAAAGAAGGUCAUCCAGUUUGUUACAAUGUUUUUGGCGAAUUAUCAAACAAAGAUUUAGAGAAGUUCCUCAAAUGGAGGAUUCAGUUCUUGGAGAAGAGCAUCAGAAAGCUUGAUUAUGCACCAGGAGGUAUUUGCACUCUUGUGCAGGUUAAUGAUCUCAAGAAUGCUCGUGGUCCUUUCCAGGAAAUUAGAGCUGCUAUUAAACAUGUUGCUUUGCUUCAAGACAACUACCCUGAAUUUGUUGCCAAGCAGAUCUUCAUCAAUGUUCCAUGGUGGUACCUUGCUGUGAAUCGAAUGAUGAGCCCAUUCUUGAGUCAGAGAACCAAGAGCAAGUUUGUGUUUGCUGGUCCAUCAAAAACUACUGAUACUCUUUGCAAGUACAUAGCACCUGAAAGACUAGCAGUUGCAUAUGGAGGUGCAUACAAGGAAGGUGAACAUGAAUUCAGUACUGCUGAUUCAGUUACUGAGAUCACCAUCAAACCAGCCACUAAACAAACUGUUGAAUUCCCUGCUACUGAGGCAUCUACUCUUGUAUGGGAGCUAAGAGUGGUGGGAUGGGAAGUAAGCUAUGGUGCUGAAUUUGUUCCAGAAGCUGAAGAUGGAUACACAGUAAUUGUAUCUAAAACAAGAAAAUUGACACCAGCUGAUGAAGCAGUUGUGUGCACUAGCUUCAAAAUUGGUGAACCAGGGAAAAUUAUCCUCACCAUUGAUAACCAAACUUCAAAGAAGAAGAAGCUUCUUUACAGGUCCAAAACCAAAUCCUCAUCUGAUUGAAAACCUCAUGAAGCAACUUGAAAACAAACUCAAUUAUUAGUUUCAUUAGAGACUGAAAUUUGGGUUUGGGGUUACAAAAAAACUGUUUAUUAUUUUUCUUUUUUUAUUUUCUAUUAAUUUUAUUUAUUAUGGGGAAGAAACAAUUAUAUUUGUAAUUUUAUUAUUCUGGGGGAACAACAUGUGAAAAUUUGGUUUCAAGUUUUUUUGGUUUUUGUUUGAGUUAUUACAAUAUUAUUAUUUUUUACUGAAAUGAGAAAGUGUGGAAAAAUAAUUGUUUAUUCUAUUCAUUAUUC